AUGGCUGCGAGCAAUGCGGCUCUCGCCAUUCUCGUGCUCGUGUUCGCCGCGGCGGGAGCGACGCGCGCGAUGGACCUGCACCGCGAGGCGCGCAUGGAGGAGCUGAAGGCGUCGAUCAGAGAUCGACGGCCGUCGUUCAUCUUCGUCAAGCUCCGUCACGACGCGGGCUCUCGCACGCUGGUACGGCCCGCGCACGACCCCCCGCGCCUUGAUUUCGCCAUUCCCAUAACUCCCGAAAGCGACGCCACCGACCCAUCCCUUCCCAUCUCACAUCUGAGUGGCUUCCGCUGGCCUUGCCAUAUGCGAGAUGUGAGAUAUCCCCUUAUCCCUGUCUCACCCCUCUCUGUGUCGCUCUCGGUACCCCCUUUCGGUUCGCAGGAGGACGUGCAGCAGCUGGCGACGCGGUGGCAGGCGGGCAUGACGGAGGGGAAGAUUGCCGCCAACGUGUAUCCGCUGGAUUCGGACACACUGCACAUCGCACUGCUCACCACGGCCGCUGCCAGCAAGGUGAAGGAGUUUGUGCUGGAGCAGGAGGAGGCAUACGAGUUGCUGGUGGGGGACGACGUGGUGCGGCGCCCCGGAGACCAGCCACUGGAAUCUCUGGUGCACCGCGACGUGUGGAAGCGGGAGAAGAUGCGGCAGGAGAUGAUGAAGGAGCGCGAGAAGCUGCACCUGGACCGGAUGGGUGGGGAUGGGGGCAUGACGGACCAUCACCGGCAGAGAAUCAAGGAGCAACUGAGGGCGCGGCAUGUGGAUAGGCUGGAGAGGAAAAGGAAGAUGCGGGAGGAAUGGCUGGAGAACCAUGCAGAUGAUGACCUGUAA